UUUCGAGAUCCGCAAUAAAGUUUCUAAACCAGAAUCUCAACUAAUAUCAAAUCCAAACCAAACCUCACAAUGGCAGACGUGCAAUCCCCACCCGCUGCUGCCACGGCAAGCGGUCCCACCUUAGAUCCGGCCGAUGAACCAUCAGCUUCAUCCUCGAACGCGCUCGCGCCCAUGACCACAGAAACCACCAUCAUAACCACCAACGCUGAGGGAAAGAAAGUGAAGAAGAUCAUACGUCGCAAGCGGCGCCCAGCACGGCCGCAAGUAGACGCCGCGACGUUCAAGGUCGAAGAAGCGCAACCCACGGGAACCAUCUACAAUGUGUGGUACAACAAAUGGAGCGGUGGCGAUCGCGAGGACAAGUACAUGUCGCAAACGGCUGCGCCAGGCCGCUGCGUUAUUGCGCGUGAUUCGGGCUACACCAAGGCGGAUAGAGUCUCUGGGAGCUACUUCUGCCUGUUCUUUGCAAAGGGUACCUGUCCCAAGGGCGUCGACUGCGAGUAUCUGCAUAGGCUACCUACGGUCACGGAUAUCUUCCCUAGCAACGUCGAUUGCUUUGGCAGAGACAAGUUUUCCGACUACCGUGAUGAUAUGGGCGGUGUGGGAUCAUUCCAGAGGCAGAACAGGACACUCUAUGUCGGACGUAUCCACGUCACGGAUGACAUUGAAGAAAUUGUUGCCAGACAUUUCCAGGAAUGGGGCCAGAUCGAUCGUAUCCGUGUCCUCACCGCCCGCGGUGUCGGUUUCGUAACGUACAUGAACGAAGCCAAUUCGCAAUUCGCGAAGGAAGCAAUGUCGGAUCAGUCGCUCGACCACAACGAGAUCCUGAACGUACGCUGGGCCACGGUUGACCCAAAUCCCGCGGCUCAGAAGCGUGAGGCCCGUCGUGUCGAAGAACAGGCUGCCGAAGCCAUCCGAAAAGCCCUCCCGGCUGCAUAUGUUGCCGAGAUCGAAGGCAGGGACCACGAGCAGAAGAAGAGGAGGAAGAUUGAAGGGAGCUUUGGGCUGCAGGGAUAUGAGGCUCCAGAUGACGUCUGGGCUGCAAAGGAGAAAGCUGGCUGGGAGGCUUCUGGACAAGUUGGUGCGCCUGAAAGGGCAGGGCUACUUGAAGCAGGCGACGGCAACGAAGAAGACAAUGAAUAUGACGGGUCAUUCGGAUCUCUUGCUCAACAAGACAAUACUGCCCCUACCGGAAUUUUGUCAGGAUCUACACUAGCUGCCUUGAAAGGCUAUUCGGCGACCGCCGCACCUAAGAGAGCAGCGCCUUCAUCCGGUCCUUUGGUAGGCUACGGGAGCGACGAUGACAGUGAUUAAAACGACGUUUGAUUUGGAUUAGAUAUUUCACUCCGAGCUGGUUUUUUUUUCAGCAUCGGGCCCGUGUGCGCCCUGGCGCCAGAUCCUCUAAGAGAACAUUAAGUUUCAAGAUUAGUUCCAUGCACCGAGGAAAAUGUACAACAUCUGCAAAGGCAUGGCGUAAUGUAUAUAAAUGAUACCCUUACUGUAAACAAAAUUUAUUGCUAUCAGCCUC